GGAGCCCAAAAGAAAACACAAAAACAAACCCAUCAUCAACCCAACGCCUCGCAAGCACCGCCAGCUCGCAACGACUCUUCAAGAUGUCACUCGAGGAUGAGACGGACAACCUCGAGAGCAUACUGGAUCGCAUCAAGGAAGGCUUUUUGGAGAUGAAGACGGCGCUUCAGGACGUCCAAGACCUCAACACAAGGCUUCGCGACACCUAUGUCUGGUGCGAGAAAAUGAACAAGGAAUGCAAGCAAUCCAUGACGACAGAUGAAUCCUGGUGUACCGAGACUCGCGAGCACAGACUGGACAUGAUCAACCAGUCGCUGCAGGAUCUCCAGCGGCUGGAGGAGAUGCCGCACUGGGUUUUCCAGCAGUGGCCGGUGCUGAGAGCGCACGUCGGCUCGCUCGACGAGUCGCCCUGCAUAAGUGCACGGCGCCGCCUGGGCAUACAGGCUCACAUGGACGAGCAGCAGCGGCUGAUAGACGACGGGGUGGAGGAGAUUUAUCACCUGUGCGCGACGAUUCGCUACAAGACCGUCGAGACGGUGGACAUGCUGGAGCAGCCUACCGAGGAAGAGCUCAAGGCCGAGGAGCUUGUCGAGUCUGCGAGAUAGAACCGAUGGAGACGUCGAAGCCUCCGAGGUUCCCGCAACCAUACUGGACGAGGCCAUCGCCCACGAGCUUGACGGGCCAGUUGACUGGUGAGGUUCGCGACAUUUUAGCCAUCCCAUGUUGGUUCCGUUGUUCUUAUUGUCUGUAUGCAGUUCCACCUCACGUCCUUUCAGUUCAUGAUGGUCCUGGACUCCUUGCUGGUCAUGCAGGGCCCGCGUCGACAUUAGUCUUGCCACACGGGGACCUGUUUCUUUUUGAUUUACCGUCCUGGGCGUUAUCGGCGGUUCCGGCGACAGUGAGGGUUGCCAUAAUUAUAAUAAAGAGAAGAGUUGUGAGCUGCA